ACAAUGAAUGCUUGGAGAAUAAUCCGUGCCAUCCUUCGGCAUUUUGUCGCAACACUCAGGGGUCCUACGAGUGUGGAUGUAAACGUGGUUACAGAAUGAUCGAUGGAAAAUGUGUGGAUUUCGACGAGUGUGCGAUGCGACCCUGUUUUCCCUCCGGUACUUGUUACAAUACUCUAGGAUCCUACAAAUGUGUUUGUAAAACUGGAUACCAAAGAAAUAACAGCAGAUGUAUUGACAUCAACGAGUGUGCAAGCAAUCCGUGUUCUUCCAGUGGUCGAUGUCUCAACACUCGAGGAUCCUACCUUUGUAUAUGUAACCGCGGAUACCGAAUGGAAAACAACAAAUGUGUUGAUGUCAACGAAUGUUUAUGGAAACCUUCCCCCUGUCCAUCUACUGCUUCCUGUUAUAACACCCCGGGAUCCUACAAUUGUGACUGUAAAUUUGGGUACAAAGUGGAUGAGACGACAAAGAAAUGCGUAGAUAUCGACGAAUGUCAGAAUAAAGGAAUCUGCAACCAAACAUGUACCAAUACACCCGGCUCCUACGUUUGCUCUUGUGCUAAAGGUUUUCAAAUAUUUAUGAAUCGUUACUGUGUGGACAUCGACGAAUGUAGGUGCAACAAUGGUGGAUGUCCUUUCCCUCUCAAAUGUGUUAAUACGCCUGGAUCUAACUAUUGCGAUUGCCCGGAUAGGUUUGCACGGAGAGGGAGUCUGUGUCAUCUGGCACCGAGUGCAAACCUCAACUCUACUCUCCCAACGAAUAAAACUGUUAUAUCAAGAAUGAAGCUGCCAGUAAAUAAAACAUCUUUGACGCCACCUGGAAGUAGCUGAAACAAUUGGCGAGAUGGCCAUUAAUGGAAUGCUUAUCACUUGUUCUUUUCCACGAUUCUUCUCAAUCGAAGUUGACAUGCUAUCUAACCAACAUCAAUGACUAUACCAGUUACUACUAUCUAUAUUAUACAUUACAUAAUGUAGUCCUAGAUACACAUAGUCUAAACCAGUGCUUCUCAACCACUUUUUACCUAAGGACCCGUUUCGUUCCUAUUUUACUUAAUGGAUCCAUAUAGCUAUUGAUUUUUGUUUUCUUUUAAAAUCUUAUUUUUAUUAUUAAAUAUUGUUAGGAAGUGCAUUACAAGCUUAAAAUAUUUUGUGUGAUAUAGGAACAUUACCAAUUUAUUGCACAUGAAUUUUAACAAGAAAUUCUUAUAUGGAUCCUCAAAGGCCACAUGAACCCCGGCUGAGGAGCACUGGUAUAAACCUUCACUAGCUGGUAAUAAGACACCGGCUUACACAGAACAUUGGAAACAUAAUCACCAGUCAAUUUUAAACCACUCAGAGCAAGAUACCUCUAUGGGGUCACAUCCAUAGCAGGUUAUCUCAUCUCUGGUGACCUUCAUAUGACUCGGGUCAUCUCCAUAUUACGUGAUCAUCACAUCAGGACAUCAUCACACAAGGUCACAUGAUGACAAUCCUAUCAUCCCACUAUGUCACUUAUACACUACAUCAUUGUUGUAUUUUUUAUCAUUUCGUUAA